CCCUCCUCUUCCCCUUUACGCUUCGUCCUCUCUCACUCUCUUCUUCCUGUUGCCUUCUACGUUUUCUGCGUUUUUAGAACCUGUUCUCUUUUCUCUCUCCCGUCUAUCGCACAAUUCCUUGCCCCUCCUCUGGCUUUUAUACUAUUUCGCGGGAAUCUCUUUAAAUUCCGUAUCCCACCUCUACAAAAAAUAAGCUGUUUUAACUUUUGAUUUCUUUGGCUUAUCGGAAAUGAUGAUGUCAAGGCAAUACUCCAUCUGAAAUGCCACCCAGUGCGUCUCUGGACGCCUGAAGCAGCACAUAGAUUUGGUAAAGGCAAUUUUCUGUUAUUUUCUCUACUAUUGAAAGAGGGUGUGUAAACCCGCUGUGAUAUACGCCAAUACAGUCCUUUAACCGGAGAAUCACUAGUUGAUCUACAGUCUGUUUUCAACGUCCAGCUCCACGGGAAUCUGUCACAGGAUGUCGCAGGAGGGACUCUCCCAUUGAAUUCACCCCUGGAGAAUAGUCAUGGUGGUUUCAGGGACGAGGUGGAUUCUCUUCUGCCUCUUUCUACUGGGGGAGAGAACGGGACGUAAGGAAAACAAGACGUUUACAUGGACACUUGACUGUGGGGAACUGCAGUGCUCUCUGUCUCCAGCGGGGGAGCUUCACCCUGUACAGGGGCUGUUGGAGCGCUUUGAGGCCGGCCCGGGCUGUGCAGCCAGAGAGAGUGGAGAGAAAGAGACCCAUGUGAUCGCUGUGGGGAGAGGAACACGCAGCCCUGACAAACAGGUGACUGUGCUCCUGAGACCCCUGUCUCUGUCUCAUCCUCCCCGUCAAACCCUCAUCCUGGUACUGAGCUCCAAGCAACCAGUGCGCUGGUGGCUGGAGGCUGUGAGACUACCCCCCGGAUCUGCCUGUAUUGGUGCAGGUCUCUCCUAACUCUACAGUGCAGCCCUCCAGUCUGGCAGUGCAGGUGCAGCCUGUGCCCUCUCUGCCUUUCCGUCCGCGGGCUUUGCUACGCUGGGCAAUGCAUCGGCAUGGCUCCUUGUCCUCCCUCACACACACAGCCAGUGCCAACCGCGUCUACGUCCGCGUGGGCGAGGAUACCACCAUGCCCAGCGUGUGCCAGCUGCAGUCUCUGUUCCUGUCACACAACUACCUGACCUCUGAUCUGCAGCCACAGGAAGUACAGGGCUGUUCUCCAGUUGGCGGAGGCAACCCAGAAGUGCAUGUCAUCAAGCUCCGUUCAGCAGGGUCAGGGCUUUGUGGCUCUCUGCAGGUGGAGGUGACUAUUUCUCUGGUGCCCCCAGUGGCCAAUGCUGGGUGGCACAAGUUGGUGCUGAUCCUCAGUAGUGCCGUUCCAGUCAACUGGGCUCUCACAGUGCCAGGGCUCCGGGGACACAUCUCUGUCUAUUCCUCCAACAGCGUGUCCCCACUCUACCCUCCAGAGCCUGACCUGACACUGACUAGCAUGCUCACCUCUGACCUCUCUACCACCCACGACCUUUUGAGCUGGGCCAAUCAGAGUGGCUUUCCCAAAGUGGCCUCAUACACAGAGGCUGACCUGGCCAAUCACUUUGUGAUCAGACUGGCUGGGGGAGGGACAGAAGGUGACCCCCCUGUGCGUAUGCUGGAUGGCAGACCCCCUUGGGUCCAGGAGCACAGGCUGAGGCAGUGGCUGAGUGAGGGAGGUGGAAGGACCAGUGGGGGCUGGGAGGCCGUCAGUGUGCAGUGUCAGGACGGACGACUCAACGUGGCCGUGGACAGACACAUUCUGCAGACCCUGUCUCUCCCGGUGUCGGAGGUGACACUGCGGGAUCCUCAGUGCCUGGCCCAGUCCAACAGCAGCCAUUUCUUGUUGGCAUUCCCGGUCAUUUCCUGUGGGACUGAAGGGCUGCUGCAGGGAGAGCCCAGAGGGGUGCAGUACAGAAAUGCGGUGUUGCUAUGGAGAAACAAGCCUCUGGUUGCCGUGGGCAAUGAGACAGACGAGUGGACUCCACUGGUCAUACAUUUCAGCUGUUUGGCUGCAGUCCCCAGUGUCCCAAGCCUUCCGGUGGAGCAGCCCACUCUGCAGGGGCCGGGGCCUCUCCCAAGGGCCAGGGCCGGCCCACUGGUCUCACUGCAGCUGUUUGUUACAGAGGGCUAUGAGCAGAGGCAGACCGGUCCUUGUGCCAUCACUGCUGACAACCGUGUCUAUGUGGAGCUUUCCGCCAACGGAGCCCUCGGUGGGGGUGUGGAGGUGCGGUCCUGCAUGGUGUCUCCCCUAUCAGACCCCCGUGUGUCCCCUGGCUGGUCAGUCAUUAGAGACGGCUGCUCCGCUGACUCCUCACUGACACUCAGCAACAUGACACAUGGCCAAGAGGACGAGGAGGAAGAGGAGGAAUAUUAUGAAGAGGAAGAGGUACCUAGAGUCCUAUCAUUCAGGCAUCCAGGAAGGGCUUGGAGGAACAAAGCAGGAUUGAGAAAAAGAGAACACGGUGGGAAGAGGGGACGAGGAGGACGAGCCAAAAGGAAGGAGAGCGAUGGAGGAAUGGGAGGAGAGGAGUACCAGAUACACAGACUGAGGUUCAGUUUUGUCCUUCGGCCCAUCUACAACAACUCUGUCCAGUUCCUGCACUGUCGCAUCCGUCUCUGUGGCCCUGAGUCAGUGACCCAGGGGCCUCCAACGGCCACAAUGCAGAGUGGCUGUCCAAAUCCAUGGGGCCUCCGUAUCCCUGCCCUCGUAUCCAAACUACCCAGCCAACAGUGUGAGUACAGAAACUUCUCCAGACCCAUGCUGGUCUAUCAGCCUGUUGGUGUGGCCAGACAGCAGGCGCCACCUGCUGGUCAGAGAGGUCAAAUGCCCAAUGUGUCUCAGCUGCCCAAGCCUAUCCCAGCCCACAGCAGCUCUGGGGUAGACACAGGCUCAGUUUUGGGGAUUGUGUUUGUUGCUUUUCUUCUGGGCAUCAGCCUGAUGGGGGCGCUAUGGUGCAUCUACUCUCACACAGGGGCUCCUCCACCAACCAGAAGAGGGGGCCUGAUCGAGAAUACUAACCCUGCCUUAUUAGACUCUUCCAACACCUCUGUGUAGAGUUGAGAUGGAACGUGAGCAACACACACAGCAGCUGGGGGACCACAAAGUAAAGAGAAUGUCAAAUUUAGACUAGUAUUCUAUAGACUUAUCAUGUCACUAGCGCCCUUUGUGAAUUAGUCAAGCACCUGCAGAUUGCAAUAGUGAUAUCUCAUAUCAUGUGUAAGAAAUACAAUAUUAUCUUUCUCUAUCUCAUUUUCAGUGUUUCCUCUGGUAAAUCUGAGACCGAGGGUAAAGUGGGGCAGAAGAUGAAACACCUGGUGUGUGUCUGUGAGUGUCAGACCUGGGUUCAAAUACAUGCAUAUUUACCUAUUUGUUAUUUAAAUGCUUAUUUUCUGUGUAUUUUUGUAUUUUCAAAUAAUGCAGUAUUUUAAUAUUUGUAUUUGAAAAUACACUUGCCUGUGUAGUUGAGAAUUUCCAAAUUCAUUCAAAUAUUUAAGUACUGAAAAUAUCCAGAUACUUACUUUGAAAUGUCUUUGAAAGUAAUUGAAAUACCCUAAAUAGUUUUUGAACCCAGGUGUGUGUGUGUGUGUGUGUGUGUGUGUGUGUGUGUGUGUGUGUGUGUGUGUGUGUGUGUG